GCCUGUCAAUCAGGGGGGAAAAGUUGCAUCGCCUGAGGGUGGUCAUGGCGAGGCCGGGGUCUGUCCGGAACCCGAAGGUACUUUCUUCAGGAAGACUGACUGGAACAAACAAAAUAGCAGGUGGAAGAAAACAGGUUUCUCUGAGAAAAGUGUCACGUUCAGAUGUUGACUGUGGUUACUCUCUGUAUUCCACAGACUCCGAGGAUCAGGUUGCAAAUAUUCAUCAUGGCCUUGACCGCUGUGCAGCUUUACUAAAGGACAUACUGCAAAAUGAUUCUGAAGGAGUGAAAACAGUCUGUCGAAAGGCAGGAAAGGCAGCUGUUGUCAGAACAACUGGUAAACCUUUACUCAGUAAAGUAAGCAAUUUGAAGAAGAGAGGACCAAAGAAAAAAAGUCUAUCUACAAAUGUGCAGAAGGAAAUAUUGCCUGUGUCAACUAGAAAGACUUCUUCAGAUAAUGCGAAUGCUGUCGGAAAAGAUACAGCCCCCAUGAGCAUCGAACGAACUCUUUCUGUGCAACCAGUUUCUGUGCCUUGCACUCAGCAUUCUCCUGUAAUGCAUCAGACACUAUGUGAGCAGAUACAAACCCAAAUGUCUCUGUUGAACAUGCAACUUCUUCAGAAGUCUAAUAAUAUCCCUGAAGCACCACUUUCCAUCAUUCCUGAAAAGGGAACAAGCCAACCUGUUACUGCAUUCAACAGCCGCUUACCUUCUUCUACACCAGCUCUGUCCCCACAGCAUGCAGCUAAUCCUACAGUGGCUCAACCUGGUGUUUCUGUAAACAGCUGUGAGCAGUGUGCGGCACAAAUGGGGCCUGCUCUUUUGACGGCAACCUCCAGCAAUUCCACUUCUAUACCCCAAAUGCAGCCUUCUCUAUCCUGUUCAGCUCUGCCCCAUAUUUUUCCUUCUGCUAUUAAUGAUCCUACACCAUUGACAUUCCCUGCUUCAGCUCCUAGCAAAGAGGCUAUGACUGAAACAGGACACCAGGAACAGUGGUUUAAAGAGGCAGACCUCAUAAAGUGUAUUCAGGCACACUUGGCUGUGCUGCAGGCCCAUGAAAACAAGAAUGGGAAAGACAGUGACAAGCUCCAGGAUGUGGAAAAGUGCCAGGGUGCUGACCAAAUGCAACCCAAACCCUUCAUUGCGAGAGAUGAAGAUGAUGCUGAAGAAGAUAGUGAAAGUACUCCUAGCGAAGAGGAAGACUUAGACGGAGUUGAUCUGGCACCAGUGAGAGACACAAGUUGCCAGACUAGCUUUGACAAGGAAGCUUUAAAGCUAAAAAGAUCAAACCUGCAAAAAACUGCUCAAAAAAUUAAAACAUUGAAGUGCCUUUUAGGAGAACUGAAGACCCUACUAAAAGACCAUGAUGACUCAGAAAUGUUGAGACUACUCAGUGAAGUGGAAGACACCGUAUCACUCUUGCCUGCAGCUGCUGGAAAUACAAAUGUGCAAGCAGAAAUAGCACUUGCUCUUCAACCUCUCAGAAGUGAAAAUGCCCAGUUGCGCAGACGAUUAAGAAUACUGAACCAGCAGCUCAAAGAUCAAGGAAGAGCUAAAGAGUGUAAUUUGGACAGCAAUUUUGAAAUCAUAUCCCUCCAGUCCUUGAACAUGACACUGCAGGCUCAACUCAAUGAAUCUAGUAAAAGCAUCGAGUCACUGCAGAAUAAAAAUGAAGAGCUCCUUAAAAUCUUAGAAACCCAAAAGGAAGAAAGCAAAAGACUAACUAGAAUAAUCCACGAGAGAGACCAAGAGCUGCUUGAAAAGAGACAGCAGUCUGAUCUUGAGUCAACAAAGCUCAAACUAGAAGCAGAUGAGGCGUUGACCAACUUGAAGCAUUUCCAGUAUAAGUUAGAAGCUGCCGAGAAAGAGAACCAGAUUUUGGGCAUAACACUGCGUCAGCGAGAUGCAGAAGUGAAUCGACUGCGUGAAUUGACUCGGGCUUUGCAGGCCAGUAUGUCCAAACUUCUUGCUGACCUCAGUACGGACACAGCUAAACCAAAACAGGAAAGGAGUCUGUCAAAAGCAGUCUUGGAAAUUCAUGAGAAACAGCUGCAGCCUGACACAUACCCUCUAAGUGAUUCCAUAAUGAACUACCUCAAAAAAUUACAAAACGACCCCGACCUGAUGGAGGCAGAAGCUCUCUUUCCAAAGGCUGAGAUGAAAGAGCCAAAUCAAAUAGAUGUCGCCAAGGCAGCUGAAUACUCUUCUCAGAAGUGUCCUGUUGCUGAAGAGGGAAUUGUGGCUCCAAGGAAUGUUUUUACCUUUCUGAAACCUAAUGUUGAGGGAAGUGAUGGCUCAAAUACUUUAGUGGAAGGGCCUGGGCUGGAUGAGACUAUUUACAUACCGCUGAGGAGUGGUCCAUCUCAAAACCCAGCAACUGCAACCGAGAGAAGGAUAGACACACAUCACCAAGUUCCCAAAAAGCUGGACUGUGAUUUGGCCAAUUCUAAGCAGACAAAUAGAUUUGGGAUGUUAGGUGAUGGAAAGGUCUCUGACAAAUUUUGCAGUAGCUAUUGUCCAAAAAGGUCUUUUGAAAAUAAAGCUGAAACUGCAGGGAGGACAGCAAUGCUGGAAGGCAGGAGGCUUCAAAUGCCGCCAAAAGAAACAACCAGCGAAGCUGCUAAAGUGAUUUCGGACAAUCCAGACAGACUUCAUCCUGAUACAUUCCUUUACGCUCCUAUUGCACAACAGAAAGGAAACAUACACAACAAAGACACAGGAAUUUCUGCUCCCGAUUCCAGUUUUUCAACUUUUGACUGGAUGUCAGGAAAAUCUGAAUGGACUGUAUCUUCCUUUUCAACAUUCACAUCCAGGGAUGAAGAAGACUUCAAACAUGGCCUAGCAGCCUUGGAUGCUAACAUAGCUAGGCUGCAAAAGACAUUGCAGAAUAGUUUGAAAAGAACGGCAAGUCCUUAAAUGCAUUUCCUCAGAACAGUUGGGAGCAGUUGGACCCUUUGUUUGAAAUCUUCAUUAUUUAUAUCACCCUUAUAUUAUAUUUUGAUAACUGGUUGUAUCUUGAAUUGUUUAUGAAAAUGAACUUAUUUUCUUUCUAAUAAAUCAAAGGGAUGCUUCAUUGAUGAAAAUUAACUUAUAAUCAAUUAAGAAUGAAUUUUAACUAUUUUAAUUAAUUAUUCUAAUAAAAACUUGUUAAUGCACAAACAGAA